AUGUCUACCCCAGCCCCUCUCGUCUUAGAACUAGCAACUGUCGAAGACCUCCCCGCCAUUACGGAGCUAUGGUUCACCGUAUUCAACGACCCGGGCAUGCGGCACCUAAUCCCGGACACGCCCGGGGCACAUGAAUGGUUCACUGAAGCCAACCGAACCGACAUGCUCACAAAGCCCUAUCAAAAAUACAUCAAGAUCGUCGACCCGGACACGAAAGACGCGGAAGGGCGCGCACGGAUAGUCGCAUACGCGAAAUGGGACCUGGCCAUGCCCGACGAGCGCGGCGCUCGGUUCCCGCCUUGGCACGGGGACAUGCCUGGACAGGAUUGUGAUGCUUUCUUUGGGGGCCUGGAGAGAGCGCGCAGGCGUGUGAUGGGUGAUCGGAAGCACUACUACCUCGAUAUGCUCGGUACGCAUCCCGACUACCGCUGUCGCGGGGCGGCUUCUAUGCUCGUUCGUUGGGGGUGUGAAGUCGCGGACCGUGAGGGUGUUGGGGCAUAUGUCGAUGCUAGUAAGGAUGGUGCACCGCUGUAUGCGAAACAUGGGUUUGUGGAUCGCAGUGACCCUGCUGAACCGAGUGGUGUGGCUUCGAUGGCUCGAGGAUAG